AUGGAUAAUAAAAAAAGAAAGCAAAGAACUCCACUUACCCUAGAAGAUAAAAUAACCAUUAUUAGAAAAAAAGCUAAUACUAGUAUCAGUGAUGAAACACUUGCAAGAGAAUACAAUGUUGAUCGCUCCACAAUCAGUAAUAUCAUUAGAAAAAAAGAAGACCUUUUGAAUGUUUACUCCAGUGCUAAAACAAGUGAAUUGAAAAAAACUAGGAUUCAACCAGGUCGGUUUCCAGUGUUAGAAGAUGCAUUGUAUAAGUGGUUCCAAGGAUUACGUAGCCAAAAUAUACCUGUUUCUCAAGAAUUGCUGAAAACAAAAGCCUUGUAUUUUUACAAUGAGGCGAAGAAUAGAGGUGCACAAUUUCCUGAAUUUGAAGCAUCAAGAGGAUGGUUAGAAAAUUUUCAAAAUAGAUAUGGAAUCAGUAGUAAAAACAUUACUGGUGAAAGCCAAUCUGCCAAUCUUGAAAAUGUUGAAGAAGGAAGAGCAAGGUGUCAUAUAUUGUUGACUGAAUAUGAACUAGAUGACAUAUAUAAUGCAGAUGAAACAGGAUUAUUUUUUCGGUUAGCACCAGAUCAAACACUUGCAACAAAAGAUGACCAAGCAAAGGGAUGCAAAAAAGAUAAGGAAAGAAUCACGAUUCUUUUUUGCUGUAAUGCAAGUGGAAAAAAUAAAAUUAAACCCUUUGUUAUUGGUAAAUCACAAAAACCAAGAUGCUUCAAUCAUAUUAAUAUUGAGACAUUACCUGUUAAAUAUUCCAAUAGUACAAAUGCAUGGAUGACAAUGGAGUUAUGGAAUGAUUGGUUGAAAUGGUUUGAUUCCCAACUAAAGAAAAAAUCGAUUUUGUUAAUUGAUAAUUGUCCUGCUCAUACUGAUGGCUCACAUCUUGGUCUUAAAAAUUUACAUGUAAUAUACCUUCCACCCAAUACUACAUCACAUAUUCAGCCUUGUGAUGCUGGGAUCAUUCAUAAUUUUAAAGUCAACUAUCGGAAUAAACUAGUAUCAAAAUGGAUUAAAGAUUUGGAAGAAGAAAAUAGAAUUAACAAAAUAAAUAUUAAACAAGCAAUUGAUAUUGUUGGAGAAGCUUGGGAUGCAAUCAAAGAGGAAACAAUAAAAAAUUGUUGGAAAAAAACAAAAAUCUUACCACCAAAUAAAACAGUAGAAAUUACAGAUGAUCCUACAUCAAAUGAUAUCCUUGGAUUAAUCUCUGGUCUUAGAGAAGUAAAUAUUGAUCAUGCAAUGACUGCUGAAGAAUUCGUUAAUGUUGAUUCAGACAUUACAACAACUGAAUUACCUACUGACGAAAAUAUUAUUGAAGAUAUUCUUAUUUCUGAAGAAGGAAAAAAAGUACUUGAGAUUACAAAAAAAUUCUUAGAACAACAAGAAUUUGCUACAGAAAAAGAUGUUAGAUAUGUUAAUGAAUUGAUAAAACGUUUAAAUAGUUCUGUAGAUAAAGCAAAACGUCAAUCCUUGUUGACAGAAUUUAUGAAUAUUGAUAUUGAAUAA